CGAGUCGCUUCACUGUAGCUCGGCACGAUGAGCCUCCUCUGGGUCAUGGCCAUAUCUUUCGUGUUCAUUCUGAUCAUGACUCUCACGGAUGUGUGGUUCUUAAUCAGGCAAGGACUGCAUUACUGUGCCUUGCUCUGGCAGAAGCCCCCCCAAGACAUCUUCGAACCCUUCGUUUUGCGAAACCUGGUGCUGACGACCGACCUGGACUACAUGCUGCACAUGAACAAUGCCCGCUAUUUGCGCGAGGCGAAUUUCGCCACCUGUACCUUCUUGACCAGAUACGGGCUGGCCGCAGCUCUUAAGACAUUGGGGGGUUCCGCCGUCCUGUCCGCGUCCUGCAGCCGCCACCGCCGUCCGCUGCGUCUUUUGGAACGGUUCAAUAUCCGCACACGGAUUUUGGGUUGGGAUGAUCACGCAUUUUACCUGGAGCAGCUCUUUAGACACCCUAAUGGUUUUGUUGUGGCCGUCGUGCUUUGCCGGCACCACAUAACGGGCACUACUCCUGCGGCGCUGAUAGCGUUCAUUGCUCAGAACAAGGUGGAGUCACCGGAGCUUCCGGAAGAGGUCAAGCACUGGCUGAAAUACAAUGAAGCCAACAGCCAGAGAUUGAGAGCGGAGAGCAACAACCAGAAGAACGAGAAAGAGCAGUAGCUCUUCCUCACUUGUCCCCCCACCACCACCCGUGCUUCACCCACGGUGGACUCAAACCUGCUCUUCAGCGAAACCAUUCGGGAUCAUGGAGCCUCUUCUCUUCCACGGCCGCGAAGAAGAAAGCCUCGAUGCGCCCCACAUGACACCCUCGACGGCAGCGACACGAAAGCCACAGGAAAGCAUCAAUCGCAAGGUUCUGAGGAACUGGGCUCAUGUAGCUAGGUAUCAAUUUGGCCGAUUCGGGAAGCGCUGCGGUGACACACACACACACCCAAGCAGCAAACUGCCGAUGGCCUAGUCUUAGUUGUUUUGUGAAGGAGACAUCUGCGUAUGCCCUGGAUUUCAAGCUGCCGUC